AAUUCUGAGGCCGGCCGGCCACCUCAGUAGGAGUGUUGAAGGAGGACAGACGUGUCCUGAACCUUCACACCCCGGCCCCGAGGGACGCCUCGGUGGUGCUUGUAGAGGAGAACUGACAAGUUCGUCAGACUCCCCAAAUCCGAAGGCAGGCCUCCCCUGCCAUCUGAAUCUGAAUACCUGGCCGCGGCUCCUUGGUUGUUGUCUAGUCUGUGUUGUCUGGUCUGUAUCGACAUUGUAGUCAUAUUCGUGUGUGUGUGUGUAAGUGUGCGUGUGUGGACGCGUGGACAGGACGACACAGCCAUGGGACAGACACUGACUACUCCUCUAUCUUUGACUCUGACUCAUUUCUCGGACGUCCAGGCAAGAGCUCGCAAUCUAUCCGUUGAGGUUCGAAAAGGUCGAUGGCGAACUUUUUGUUCAUCGGAGUGGCCCACCCUAUCUGUAGGGUGGCCCCGGGACGGGACUUUUGACCUCUUUGUUAUAUUACAGGUUAAGACGAAGGUAGGAGACUCCGUGUACGUCCGGCGGCACCGCUCUCAAGGAUUGGAGCCUCGUUGGAAGGGACCUUACAUCGUCCUGCUGACCACGCCCACCGCCAUAAAGGUUGACGGGAUCGCCGCCUGGAUUCACGCAUCGCACGCCAAGGCAGCCCCAAGAACCCCUGGACCGAAAGCUCCCAAAACCUGGAAGCUCCACCGUUCGGAGAACCCUCUUAAGAUAAGACUCUCCCGUGUCUGACUGUUAAUCCACCCUGUCCCUGCACAAACCCAAAAUGAAACCCCCAGCGGGAAUGGUCUUUCUGUGUGUCCUCACAAGCUUGGGGGCGGGAAUUGGAGCUAAAAUUGUCAAAGAGGGGAACCCACAUCAGGUUUAUACCUUGACUUGGCAAAUCUACUCCCAGAGCGGGGAAGUUGUCUGGGAGGUCCAAGGUAACCAUGCGCUUAAUACUUGGUGGCCCCCACUUACCCCUGAUUUUUGCCAGCUGGCAGCUGGAUUAGACACUUGGGAUAUCCCAGCUAGAAGCCCCAAGAACCUGCAGUCCUACAUGGGGGAAAGAAUCCAGCAGAUGACUGCCCAUGGAUGCAGUAGUCCCACUGCCAGAUGUAGAUUAGCUCAGGCAGAGUUCUAUGUCUGUCCUCGAGACAAUAGGGAUAGGGCCACUGCCCACCGAUGUGGGGGAUAUGAAGAAUAUUUCUGCUCGGCAUGGGGCUGCGAAACUACUGGCGAUGCCUACUGGCAACCUACCUCUUCCUGGGACUUAAUCACCAUUACAAGAGGUUACACCAAACCUGACCCCGAUGGACACACUUGCUACUAUAAAAAGGGCACAGAAGGGUAUCAUCAUUGGAUAAGUCCCCUGUCUCUACCUCUUAAGAUUACCUUUACAGAUUCAGGAAAACGGGCUCUCGGAUGGCAGACGGGCUAUACAUGGGGACUCCGAUGGUACCUACCGGGAAAAGAUAGGGGGAUUGUUCUAAAAAUCAAAUUAAAAAUAGAUACAAUCACCCAAACCGUAGGUCCCAACCUAGUAUUGGCCGAUCAAAAAGCUCCGGUCCAGCUAGCCAUCCCAGUCCAGCCACCAAGGGCCCCAACUCAGACACCGGGAAUUAACCCUGUUAAUUCCACUCUAAGCCCCAGUCUAGGAUACCCGACCCCCCCCUCUCGACCGGGCACAGGAGAUAGGCUCCUAAACCUUGUACAAGGGGUAUACUUAACUCUCAACCUUACGGCCCCAAAUCAAACUCAGGACUGUUGGCUCUGCCUAACGGCUAAACCCCCUUACUAUCAGGGAGUUGCUAUAAUUGGGAACUUUACUAACCAUACGAAUGCCCCACUGAGAUGUAGCACUACACCUCGACAUGGCCUCACUUUAACUGAAGUCACCGGUCAUGGCCUAUGUAUUGGGAAAAUUCCACCCUCACACCAGAAUCUCUGUAGUCAGACCAUACCAUCUGUCGGGCAGGGUCCCUAUUAUUUGACCGCUCCCAACGGAACGUACUGGGUCUGUAACACCGGACUCACGCCAUGCAUCUCGCUCCAGGUACUCAAUAAUACUGCCGACUAUUGCAUCCUAAUUGAACUUUGGCCAAAAAUCUUCUACCAUGACUCAGAAUAUAUUUAUGGCCACUACGAACCCGGCGGCAGAUUCCGGAGAGAACCAGUUUCCCUCACCGUAGCACUGCUCCUAGGGGGAUUAACUAUGGGAAGUUUAGCAGCUGGCAUAGGGACAGGCACCGCAGCUCUCAUAGAAACUAAUCAGUUCAAGCAGUUACAAAUCGCUAUGCAUUCUGACAUACAGGCACUAGAAGAAUCCAUCUCGGCACUAGAAAGAUCCCUAACCUCCCUCUCAGAAGUGGUUUUACAAAAUCGGAGGGGACUUGACCUGUUGUUCUUACAAGAAGGCGGGUUAUGUGCUGCCCUCAAAGAAGAGUGCUGCUUCUAUGCUGAUCACACAGGAAUAGUGAGAGACAGCAUGGCCAAGCUGAGGGAGAGACUCAAACAAAGACAAAAGCUGUUCGAAUCUCAGCAAGGCUGGUUUGAGGGGUGGUAUAACAAAUCCCCCUGGUUUACCACUCUAGUCUCCUCCCUCAUGGGCCCUUUAAUACUCCUACUAUUAAUACUGAUGUUCGGACCUUGCAUCCUCAACCGCUUGGUACAAUUCAUAAGAGAAAGACUCUCUGUCAUCCAGGCCUUGGUCCUAACUCAACAGUACCACCAACUAAGACAAUUUGACGCAGAAAGGCCAGAUACAAUCGAAUGAAAGGUUUCAUUCGACGCCAAAAGAAAAUGGGGGAAUGAAAGACCCCUGCUUAGCUUAAUAACACACCCCCACCCUAUCUUCAGUUUCGGUAACGCCUCACUUGCAGGGCUUGCA